UGUCACUAACCUUCUUCCUGUAAGCUUUCUUGAUCUCAUCUACAGAUCGUUCCGCCCUCGUAAGUGCCAAGCCGCAGCCUGAAGUAAUGGAAGACACACCUUCAGUGGCUUCGGGUUCGACACCCAAGAGAUCGUACAGUGCUGUCUCUACGGGCACUAUAAAAUAGCUGUUCAAGUCAUAUUCCGAGACAGGAGAAGUACUAGGAAAGCAUACUGAUGAUGGUAGAGAGAGCAGAAAAGGAGUGGACCUGGUGUAAGAGGAAAACGUCAAGGUCAAUUGUGCUGUUAACGCGCGGAAGAAGCGCCCUAGCGUUCAGCCACGUGUAGGCCGGAAACGCCCGCGCUUCGAAUAAAAUAAAACCUUCGCAGACUUGCUCCUUCACUCUUUCACUCAUUCUCUCCAGUUCUCAAGAUCUCGUAUACGGAAGACUUCAAAGCCUCCGCAAUGAUAUGACAACUUUAAAGUGACGAUUUUUGUUCUAUCUCUGACUUCCUUCGUAUCUUUUGGAUAUCCCUUGAUCGUCUCGCUAAUUCUCUCUAUUCUAGUCCCUAUGCAUGCCCAAGAGAGUUUGUCACAUGUGUCGAUGUUGCUUGUCUGGAAUUGAACUAUCUUUAGCACAACACAAUGAAUUUCUACUUUGAAGGAGCGAAAGUCCUAGACAGGUUGGAUGCCAAGCAGGGCUCUAUCAAAGGCGUCAUUGCGACGUUGCCGGAGAAGGACCGUAAACGAACUGCGGCCCUUGUCAUUGAGACCUUGAAAUACAAGUCUGUGUUGAAUGACGUAUUAGAUGCAUCCAAACUGUUGAAGGAAGAGAAGAAGAUUACUUCUCGUAAUCUAGCUUUGGUCCUUUUGCAUGACCUGCUUUUGGCGAAAGGUAUUCAAGCGAGCGAAGGUCCUGUGAAACAAGCUAUCUUGCGACAUAAAACUCGCCUUCACAGCGAGUUCACCCGAAUCAAGAUCAAGAAGGGGGUGAAGUCCGUCACAGAGCUUGCUGCAACUGGCGAUGAAAGGGCUGCCAAAAUACCUCGCUAUGUACGUAUCAAUACGUCUUGUUGGUCGACCGAGGAGGCCGUCGAGACCUUCAUAGCCCGUGGCUACAGCCUGGAUGGUCCUUUCGCCCAUAGCAAAGGCUUUGCUAGGGAUGAACAUAUUCCUGAUCUCCUCCUGUUCUCUCCCGACAUUCAACUGAGCGACGACCCCCUCUACACCGCCGGCAAAUUGAUUCUCCAAGACAAGGCAUCUUGCUUUCCGGCGUACAUCCUGUCACCCCCUGAUGAUGAUAACGGCGUCGUCAUUGAUGCAACCGCAGCGCCAGGAAAUAAGACGUCUCACCUUUCUGCUCUCAUGCAGAACAAAGGAACGCUCUAUGCAUUCGAACGGGACAAGAGGCGGUUCGCCACCCUGCAGAUGAUGUUAGCCAAAGCUAGAUGCAAGAAUGUACAGCCGGUCAACGCGGACUUCCUAACAGUGUCCCCCGAUGAUCCAAAAUAUAAUUCUGUUACACAUAUUCUUCUUGAUCCCUCGUGUAGUGGCUCCGGUAUCGUAAACAGAUUGGAUCACCUUUUAGAAUCAGAAUCCGAGUCCAUGGAUGACAGGGAAACAAGAUUGAACAAACUGGCCGAUUUCCAACUGAUGAUGAUCAAGCAUGCAAUGAAGUUUCCCUCCGUGAAGCGCAUUGUCUACUCAACAUGCAGUAUUCACGCCGCUGAAAAUGAGCAUGUUGUACGAGAUGCUUUGCAGUCAGAAGAGUGCUUGAGUGGACGCUUUGACCUCGCUUCACCCGGAGACGUUUUGCCGGCCUGGAAAAGACGCGGUAUCCCUGAGGAAAUGAACAAUCCAGCUGAUGCUGCGUCCCUGGUCCGUUGUUCCCCCGGUGAGGACGCCACAAACGGUUUCUUUGUCAGUUUAUUUGUGCGCCAGAUAUCCACUGCGGAGGCCGAGAAUAAAAAGAGGAAGGGUGCGCCAUGUGCAAAUGGUGAUGAAGAGACUCCUUCAGAGGACACAGCGAUCCGACGUCGGAACAAAAAGAAGAAAAGGAAAAAGCCACAAGCUUUGACCGUGUCCUCUUAGGACGCCGGAAACUAACACUCAAGAUAGCACACAUAUGAUGUCAAAUUCACUCUGAGAUCAGUACUUUCAAUUCAGUACAAGCUGGUAUCGUAUCAGAGAAUACACGUUUGCUAUGUUAAAAGAAGGGUGAGCUACACAGACGAAACAGAAAAGUGAAACAAGGAUGCUAAGCUGAGAAACGUCAACGAGGUCAGUCGUCAGGUGAGUAUGCGUCAAUCCGUCAACGUUCUAACCGAAAGAAACAUGAGUCACGUAUACCUGCCACACUUCCAAACCCCGAUCGCGUCGGUAGGAGGGGACUGGGUCCAGAAGCUGACGAAAAGUGAAAUGAUAUCAUUACGGAAUGUGAGUUUUGCAAGUGCUGCGA